AUGCCCACUCACAGCGAAACCGCGUCCACCGCAGAAUCGCAGAAACACUGGUCUUCCCGUCUCAAAACCACCGGGCUAACGAUAUACCACCAUUUCAGAAAACAUACCGGCGUCGGGAUAGUUUGCGCUGUCGCAUACUUUGAUCCGGGUAAUUGGGGAGUCGAUCUUCAGGCGGGAUCGCAAUUCGGAUACAAACUCCUAUUUGUCGUUUUGCUAGCGGGUUUGUUUGCUGUCUUCCUCCAGGUAUUGGCAAGUAGGCUGGGUUGUGUAACUGGUCUCGAUCUUGCUUCCCAUUGUCGGUUACUACUGCACGAUCGACCGAAACACACGAAACUAUGGCGCUGGUUGGCCCUCUACCCUUUGUACCUCCUCGCGGAGGUCGCCAUUAUAUCUACUGAUUUGGCGGAAUUGCUUGGAUCGGCCAUUGCAUUGUGCAUGCUGUUCCCCGCCUUGGAGCUUUGGCAUGGCGUACUUCUCACUGGAUUCGAUGUCUUGAUCAUCCUAGCAAUGGGUGACCCGCUGCGUGGCAAACCCGUCAGGAUGUUCGAGUUCUUGAUUGCUGGCAUGGUUCUCGCAGUUCUGAUUUGCAUGGCGAUUAUCAUUAGCAAGGUCGAUGUUGACUGGGCAGAGGCUUUCCAUGGUUACGUGCCUUCCAAAUACAUAUUCCAGAGCGGUGGAUUAUACACAUCCGUUGGUAUCAUCGGGGCUACAGUGAUGCCACACAGUCUCUUCCUAGGGUCCGCGCUGGCGACACAGGAUAGGAUAUCGGCCCUUCCCCCCACGCAGCCGGAGGAGAAGCUCGUCAAAACGCACGCGGAUAGACUUAACCGUCCGCUCCCUUUUGUAACCGCUCACCUCAAGCACGGGAUCUUUGACAUUGUAGCAAGUUUACUUGGCUUUGCUGUCUUGAUCAAUUCGCUUAUAUUAAUCCUCGCCGCCGCCGUUUUCUUCUAUGGCCACGGGGGCUCAGGCAAAGACGCCGCCAGUCUUUUUGACGCUUAUGAUGUUAUUAGAGACUUUGUUGGCAAGCCGGCCGCGACACUGUUCGCACUAGCUCUUCUCGCUGCAGGUCAAAGUUCUUCUCUGAUCGCCACCGUUGCUGGGCAGGCUGUUUCAGAAGGCUUCCUUCAAUGGAGAGUCUCCCCAAUCCUUAGAAGAUUUCUCACUCGGCUAAUUGCCAUCAUCCCAUCAAUGGUUGUGGCUAUCGCGGCAGGCCGCAAAGGCGUGGACGACCUCCUAGUGAUUUCGCAAGUUGUGCUAUCCAUCGUUCUCCCCUUCAUCACCUUCCCGCUCAUAUUCUUGACUUCGUCCAAGUCCAUUAUGUCGGUCAGACAUCCGGCGGAGCGCAUAGAGCCGGUAAACGAUGAUGGAGGAGCGGUGAGGAACGACGCGGAGGGCGGUGAGAAGACUGUGGAUUUCAGCAGCGGGAUAAUAACGACGAGCGUGGGUGCGGCGAUAUGGCUAGUCGUUAUGUCCGCUAACAUGUAUGUGAUUGUGUCCUUGGCUAUGGGCACGGCGACGUAG